AUGGAGUCUUUCAAAGGAGUAUCCCCUCAUCGCCCACUCGACAAGCACGGAAAGGAGAUCCGCAUCGUAAGACUCCUACCGAAUACCUUCAGCGCACCAAUCGAAUGCGAACUCGAACACAUCAUCCUCGAGCCAGGAGCCGACUACGAAGCAAUAUCAUACUGCUGGGGAGACGCCUCGCUCACGCACCCGAUUCUCCUCGAUGGCGUUUCAUACCCCAUCACCCUCACCCUCCUAGACGGAUUGAAAUACCUACGCCACACAACGUCGCCACGCAAGCUCUGGAUCGACAGCCUCUGCAUCAACCAAACCGACCUCGCCGAACGCAGCCGCGAAAUCCUCCGCAUGCGCGAGAUAUACAAGCUCGCGAAAAGCGUGGUGAUCUGGCUAGGCGACUACGCCCCCUUCACCCGACUCCACGAAAUCGCUGUGCGGCCAAGGCCGUAUGUGAAGGAUCUCGCGACGUCUCCGGAGCUGGUGUGUGGAGAUCUGGUCUUGCCGUUUGCGUACCUGAGGGCUGUGGAUGAGUAUUGGGUUACGAAUACUGAGGAUAAGAGGAUUGGAUUGCCGCCGAUUUGUCCGUCGCUGGAUCGGAUGCGUGUUAUUUGGUACGGGCAUCAGAGUAUCCUUUCGGAUGGGGAGUCUUCGAGUUUGGCGCAGCGGCUUGCGUGGAUACUUGCUCUGGUAUCUGCGAGGUUUCAUGCCACAGAUCAGCACGAUAUCGUAUACGGGACCCUCGGUCUCCUCGAGGCGGAGUCAUUGCCGACAGAACUAAUGCCGGAUUACAGCAAAAGUCCUAAUGAGGUGCUGAUAGAAUGUGCAUCUUAUAUCAUAUCAAACUCUCAGAUCCUCACUAUUCUUCAGUAUAACUCAAUGAAAACCAAAGGUCUUCCGACGUGGGUGCCCGAUUGGCGACAUGAUUCCUGGUGUCCCAUUGUGCUUGGAGCAGAGGCUCCAGAGGGAUGUCAUUGUCGCAUUAUACGGGAGAUCGCGGCUCUCGAAGUGGAUAUUGUGGCUAUCACUGAAGUAUCUCUCGUUGGCCCACGUCUUACGUAUAGAGACUCGGCGGAGUCUCUCGGGAACGUCUGGUCAAAUUUUUUGUUAGAUGCCGAAGAUAGUUUAGGUAAGAUCGAGAACGAAGUCUGGGGAUAUAGCAGCUUUGGGAAAGCCUUGUGGAAAUUGCUAUUAGUUUUCGACCUCAGUCGACAAGAUUUACACGAGCCCGGUUGGCACCUUGGAGUUGCUGAGGAGGUCCCGCCCCUUUUCUUCCGAGAAGCUAGGGUGUCAGCCACAACGCGACGACUACAAAGCUGUUUGAUAGAAGAAGCUUUAAUGUCGAUAGGAGCUUCAAUUGCCGAUAAAUACGUGUUCCGCGGCAUUGACGACUCACUUGGUAUCAUGUGUCAGCCCAACGUGCGGCCGAAUGAGCACGAUAUGAUAUGUACAAUCAAAGGAUCUUACGGCGAUUUUGUUCUCCGAGAAUAUCUGGAUGGAUAUAAGAUCAUUGGGAGAUGUGAGAGAAACAGACGGGGCAACUUUACUAUUGGCGAUAUUGGAAUACACCGGUGGGCUGGGACCACCCAUUUGUAUGCUUUCUAUGAAAGACUCUGGAGUGAUAGUGACGAUCGUCAAAUACUACUUUAUUAG